AUGUCAAAACGAAAAAAGGUCGAAACCGAUGUGAGCUCUCUUGCACCUAAACGGAAGUCAAUUCGGAUUGCGAGGCAAGAGUCGCUUGUGGGAGCCACUAAAGAAGAUAUGGAGGCGCUAAACGCGACCUUCAAAUCGGCUUCCAACGAGAACGAAGUCAUACCUGAUGUUAGAGCCACCAACUUUCCAGAUGCAUACGUUCUCCCAAAUCUCAAACGCCGUAUACUUAGAAAAGAACAUUUAUCUGUUGGUAAAAUUAGCGGAAUUACGAACGGACACGUCAAAACGUUUAUUAACAAACUGCACAGAGUCGUCGCGAAUGCAGAUCUCACUAUAGGCACAGACGAAUCUAAGACUAACUCAUUAGUAGCUCAUCUGUUAAAUCGUGUUAUUGACUUCGACAAUUGGCCAUUUGCGAUUAGACACGAAGAAUGCUACAGGCUACCCGUUAGUAAUAAAAACGUGUCGGCAAAACCUGAAUUUGUAGUGGAUAUGGAAGGAAUUACUAUGAUUGUCGUAGGGGAUAAGCAUUUGAACAACGUUUCGCCACCUCAUUUUGGGGAAGCGCAAAUGCUUGCCGAGAUACUUGCCUGCGGAUAUGAAAAUGUGCGUCUCUCUCGUGCAAUUACGGAUCAGACCAUAUUAGCUGUUCGUAUCAUCUUCUCGUAUGUUACAUUCUACAAGGCUGAGAUUCCUGUAGCAUAUUGGAAAGAACUUCAGAGGGGCUUACCACGAAAGCAGUCAAUUACAAUUUUAAGAUGGCCGGGGGAGAAUGAUCCAAAGACAGGUCUAGAUUUGGCGAAACCGGUCGGAAGACGUUCAGUUUUGACUGCAUUAAUCAAAAUUCAAGAGAUAAAUCCAUAUAUUUUAGAUAUAAAGGUGAUGCAGAUAUGUGGUCAGAUUCCAGAAGAACUUCGUCACAUUGCUAAUCAGAUAAAGUAA